AUGUUUAUCUUAUUUAUUUCUAUAACUACAGCUUUUGGACUCAAUACUUCCUUAUUUAUUGAUAAUGAAGUUUAUGAAUAAAGUGUUUUGAUGAAUGCUCAAUAGCAAACAUUUUUUUAGUAAUUUGAAGAUUAUGGCAAAAUAUUGUAAGUUUCAUAAUUAAUAUGAUUAGAUCAAUUAAUUUUGCAGGAAAUGAUUAAUCAAAUGCAUUUUGUAAACCUUUUUAUUAAGGAAUUUCAAUAAUAUCAUCUCCAGAAGGAUUGAUACCAUUAAUAGCUGAAUAAGCUAAAAAGAACUUAGAUGAUCUUUCAGAAGAUGAUUUAUAUAUAGGAUAUAAUGAAAAAUUGAUUUCAUAAGCUAAAAGUCCAGAAGGAAUUUGCUUGUUGUCUACUUUAGGAAAAGUCUAUUUGAUUGAAUUUUAAGACUCAAAUAAAAUUCAAUUAAAAAAUUAUACCUUACCUCCAAUUACUAAAAAUUAAGAAAUUGCAACAUUAAUUUAUGAUGAAAAAUCUAGAUUUUUUUUUGCUUUUUUAAAAUCUCAUGAAAUAAUAAAAUUUUAAUUUUACAAAGAGUAAUUAAAUACUACUUUUAUUUCUAAAUCUUAAUGGAGAGCUCCAUAAAAACAAUUUAAAUUUGUAGCUAGUAAUGGCUGGCUUUAUUGUGCAUAAGAAGAAGAAGGAUUACUUAUUUAUUAAAUAUUACAUAACGAAAUUUUAUUAGUUCAAACUAUCACAUCAAAAGACAUAUAUAAUAAAACUCUAGAUAAUUUUUCAAUUAUUGAUAUUUAAGUUUUUGAAGAUAAACUAUAUAUUUUAGAUGCUAAAAAUGGAGUCUCAUAAUUUAAUAUCUUUUUUAAUGGUACAUAUACAAAAAAUGAACAAUUUGGUAUCAUUAAUCUAUCAGAUUGUCAUUCUUUUUCAGUUUCAGGAAAUACUAUGAUUGUUAUUUAAAACUUUAAAUCAAGUUCUUAAGUUAUAGAAUAUUAUAUAACAGAUUAUGAAUGGUUAGAAAUCAGAAAGUAUUAUACUAAAAGCAGAUUACAAAAAGCAAAUAUAAUUGAUGAUAAUCUUGUUAUAGUUAUAGGAUAACAUGAUCACAAGAUUUUAUUAACUAAAAUGGCAGAUUAAUAUUUAGAUAGAUAAAAUCAUUAAUUGUAUAAUCUAUAUUAAUUUUUAGAGAAAAUUAUUUUUUUCUUGGGAAUUUGUUGGGAGUAGAAAAAUACGGAGAAAAUAACGAUACUCUUUUUGCUAUAUCUCCUCAUGGAUUUUAUUUUUUUACAUAUGAAUACUUUUCUACAGCUAUUGUUUGUAAUAGCAAUGAUGCCUAAUCAGGUUUAUAUAAAACUUAGGUAAAUGCUAUUUGUAUAGAUUUUAGAUGACUCUGAAAAGUACAGAUUGUGAAAAAAAAACAAAUAAAGAAGAUAAUUUACAAUACUGUUAAACAAAUUUCAAUUAUAAUUUUGAAAUCAAAAAGCCUCUAUUAUCAGCUGAAAGAUAACAGUAAUAUUUUUACUUUGGAAUUUUCAUUAUUUUAAUAAUUGUUCUAUUAUUAUACAUGAUUGGAUAUUAUUAUAAUAAAUAAAAGUAAAACUAAAAAAUUCUAGAAGAAAUUAAGAAAAAAAAAAGAAAUAUCAAUUAAUAAUAGAGAUGA